AUUUCUUGACGGACUGCUGUAAAAUUUAAAAAAGGCUACAAAUAGAAUGUCUACCAACAUCUGCCUGUGCUUAUAGAAUAAACUCCAGCCCUCUAUGUGUUUCAAACCUGUUAAUAAAAGCCAUCAAAAGAGGCGCUGCGGGGCGCGCGCAGCGUGCUCUGCAACAGGAGACCUUUGGCUGCACUCGGCGGAUGAGCAUCGAGUUCAGUGCGUCGACAGCCUGACACCGGAUCGCUCCAGUAUGGCGCGCGCUUUGGUUCGGAAAAGUGAGAGCUGAGGAAACAUGCUGCGGAAAGAGGGCAAACCUUCAAAAGUACAAGGAGAUCGACUUACAGCCGUGUCCUCAGCGGACGUGUGCACCUACCGAGAGAGUAACCCACCGAAGCCGGACGCAUUUCAUGGAGAUCCGUAGGUGAUAGGAGCUGCGCGCUGCGGGUCGCCCUCUGGCUUCUGCGGGGAUCUCUCAUGUGGACCAUGGCUCAAGGGAUGAGAGGAGCUCAUCUCCUCGCUGUACUUUUUACCUUUUCAAUCGCACUUCUCGGGGACGCGGAUGGACAAGGCGCUUCCAAUGACUUGAUAGGUUUUAGUUUGAAUCCCCCAUAUUUCAACCUGGCUGAUGUUUCUAGUAUCUCUGCCACGGCCACCUGCGGCCAGGAUGAGGCUGGGAGACCGACACAUCAAUUAUACUGUAAGCUUGUCGGGGGACCCAACAACGGACCUCCGACUCAAAAUAUACAGGGCCAGUACUGCGACUACUGCAACUCUGUUGACCCCGACAAAGCCCACCCAGUGACCAACGCCAUCGAUGGGACGGAGCGGUGGUGGCAGAGCCCUCCUCUGUCCAGGGGCGUGGGCUACAACGAGGUGAACGUGACCCUGGACCUCGGGCAGCUCUUCCAUGUGGCGUACGUCCUCCUCAAGUUUGCUAAUUCACCCCGACCUGACCUCUGGGUGCUGGAGCGCUCUGUGGACAACGGGAGAACAUUUAAACCCUGGCAGUAUUUUGCACAUUCAAAGCGUGAGUGUAUUGAAAGAUUCGGGAAGCAGCCCAAUGCUCGUAUAGUACACGACGAUGACCAGCUCUGCACCACAGAAUACUCACGGAUCGUCCCUUUGGAAAACGGAGAGAUUGUGGUUUCUCUUAUAAACGGUCGGCCGGGGUCCAAAAACUUUGCCUACUCGCCAGUGCUACAAGACUUCACCAAGGCCACCAACAUCCGCCUGCGCUUCCUCCGCACCAGCACCCUGUUGGGCCACCUGAUCUCCAAGGCCCAGAGAGACCCCACCGUCACACGCAGGUAUUACUAUAGUAUCAAAGACAUCAGCAUCGGGGGACGCUGUGUUUGUCAUGGGCAUGCACAGGUGUGUGCUCGGGGGCGUUACCAGGACAACCCUAACAGACUCCGGUGUGAGUGCCAACACAACACCUGUGGCGAGUCAUGUGACCGCUGCUGCCCGGGCUUUAACCAGAAGCCAUGGCGCGUUGCCACUCCAGACAGUCCGAACGAGUGUUUUGCUUGCCAGUGUUUCUCCCAUGCCUCUGACUGUUAUUACGACCCAGAGGUGGAAAAGAGGGGAGCAAGUUUAGACACCUUCGGAAGGUACGACGGAGGGGGCGUGUGCAUCAACUGUCAGCACAACACUGCUGGAGUGAACUGUGAUCGAUGCCUUGACGGUUUCUACAGACCUUUUGGAAUCCCUCCUGAGUCGCCCACUGGAUGCAUACCCUGUCGGUGUGAUGAAAGGACUACAGCCGGCUGUGAGAUGGAGUCGGGAAGGUGUGUCUGCCAGACACAAUUUGCUGGAGAAAACUGUGAUCGCUGUGCAGACGGAUUCCAUUCCUACCCUCAGUGCAUUAGAUAUCCCGUGUACCAGACGACCACCCAGUCCCCUGCAGGACCUAUUGUGGGGCCCACCGCUUGUCCUCCUGGUUAUUUUGGCUCCCCCAGCUGUCAACUGUGUACGUGUGACUACAGGGGGACGCUGGACAGGGUGUGUGAUGCCGGAGGCCGCUGCCUGUGCCGCCAUGGUGUGGAAGGGGAGCGAUGUGACCGCUGUCGAUCAGGACACCACUCCUUCCCGGACUGCCAGGCGUGUGCCUGUGACGGGGCCGGCGCGGCCGACGGCGUUUGCAGUCCAAGUGGCCAGUGCGUUUGCCUUCCCAGGUACACGGGCCAGGAGUGUGACCAAUGUGCACCGGGCUACUAUGGAUACCCCGACUGCGCUGCGUGUCAGUGUUCACAGCAAGGCUCAUACGGCAGCAUUUGCAACCCUGUGUCGGGUCAGUGUCUGUGUCUCCCGGGGCGGGUGGGCCAGCAGUGUGACCGCUGCGCCUCUGGACUCCGGUUCCCCGAGUGCUCAGGGCCCAUCAACGUGUGUAACCCAGGAGGAACUGAGGUCAUUGAUCCUCAAACGGGCGCAUGUCACUGUGUAGCAACCUCAGAGGGAACCCUUUGCGACAAGUGUAAACCUCUGUACUGGAAACUGGCUGCAGACAGCUCUCGAGGCUGCGUCGAGUGUCGGUGUGAAGUGAAGGGGACCCUGAGCGGUGUUGGAGAGUGUGAACAGAAAGGUGGACAGUGUCACUGUAAGCCCAAUGCAUGUGGGCAUGCAUGUGAAACCUGUAAGGAUGGAUACUUCCUGUUGCAGAAAAAACAUUAUUUGGGCUGUCAAGGUUGUCAGUGUGAUUUGGGCGGUGCCAUCGACACGGCGUGCGAUGAGGUGUCCGGACAGUGUCGGUGUCAGAAGAACGUACUUGGCCUUAAAUGCACAGAUCCAGCACCAAGCUACUACUUCCCCACUCUUCACCAACUGAGGUUUGAGGUCGAGGAUGGGACAACGCCGAAUGCCAGACCAGUGCGCUUUGGUUACGACCCCCAAGAGUUCCCAGAUUUCAGCUGGAGAGGUUACGCCGUAAUGUCUCCUGCACAGAGUGAAGUCAGAGUAACGGUGAAUGUUGAGCGCAAAGGCGAGGGGCAGCACUUGUUCCGCGUGGUUGUGCGUUUCACUAACCCGACCAGCACCAGUGUGACCGGUAGCAUCGCGGCCACCAAUAACAGAGGCGCUGCAGGGUCAGACCGGAGUACGGAAGUUAUAUUCCCAAAGAGCCCCUCUCCAUCUUUCCUCACGGUCCCGGGAGAGGGCUUCGCCGAGCCCUUCACGUUGACCCCGGGGACAUGGGUCAUUCACAUCAGGGCAGAGGGGGUUCUGCUGGACUAUUUAGUGCUGCUGCCGCGGGAUUACUAUGAGGCACCUUUGCUGCAGGAGAAGAUCACCCGGCCCUGCACAUAUUUACCCACUGCGAACAAGGAUACAAACUGUCUGUUGUAUAAGCAUGUGGCCAUGGACCGCUUCAGCUCCGCACUGGGCUCACAAGGAAAACUCAGCAGCAGUCACGGCGGGCGCAGGAGGAGGCGGGCCCGCGUGCGCCGGCUCACCCCGGAUCACCCUCAGAUGGCCGCUCUGCACGGCAGACAGUCACAGCUCCAAGUCAGUCUGCAUGUGCCUCGUCCCGGCCCGUACGCCCUCGUCCUGGAGUACGCCAGCGAGGUGGACGCCGUCCAGAAUGUCAACAUAGUCAUCAGGGACCCAUCAGCUGACCAGAUCCCAGCCAGGGCCAACAUAUACAGUUGUGCCUUCAGCUUCUUGUGCCGGAGCGUCGCAGUGGACAGCAGUAACAGGGUGACCACGUUCCAGCUCACCCACAAGACGGAGAUACAUCUGCAAACCACCACCGCGUCCUUCCUUUUGUAUAAAGUUUACGCAGUUCCUGCGGAGGAGUUCUCUAUUGACUACGUCGGCCCAAAAGUGCUGUGUGUCUCCACCAAUGGGCGCUUCACUGAGGACAGCCGGUACUGCGUUCUGAGACAAUUCGACAAGCCCACUUCAGCCCAGGUUUUAUAUGCGGCCCGCGAUGGACGGCUAUUUCCAGCACCAGCCGCUUCUCCCCAAAGAGAAGAGGAUGAGGAUUGGAGACCGAGGCGACAGAUCGGGAUGUUCACCGUCCCGGAACCUCAGGGUGACGGGAUACUGCUUAAAUUCCCUCAGACGGAGAUCACUUUCACUCCAAAGGUGCCUCUCCCAGGCUCGUAUGUGGUUGUGGUCCAUUAUCACCAGCCUGAACAUCCCUCCUUCCCCGUCGAAGUCCAAGUGGACGCAGGGCGGGAGUGGAAGGGUUCGAUAAACGCGUCCUUCUGCCCCGCCGUCUCAGGCUGCAGGGACGUUGUGAUCGCUGACGGGCGCAUUGCAUUCGACUUUGACCAUAAUUCUUGGCAGCAGCCGAGCAUCUCUCUCAUCGUGCCGUACAAGAAUACACUUAUUCUGGAUUAUAUCUUGUUGGUUCCUGAUAGCAGUUACACCCCAGAUCUCUUGAAAGAGAAGCUGCUGGAUAAAUCUGCAGAUUUCCUACAGCAGUGUAGAGGAGACGGGUUCUAUAUUGACCACAGAACAUCUCCUCAGUUCUGCAGAGACUCGGCCCGCUCGCUUGUGGCAGCUUAUAAUGGCGGAGCGCUCCCUUGCAACUGCGACCAGUCCGGCUCUACCGAGACCACCUGUGAGCCAGUCGGAGGACAGUGUCCCUGCAGGCAGCAUGUCAUCGGUCGACGGUGCACAAAGUGCACCACGGGAUACUACGGCUUCCCUCACUGCAGGCCGUGUGAAUGUGGCCGUCGGCUCUGUGACGAGGUGACGGGACGCUGCAUCUGCCCCCCUCAGACCGUCAAACCCUCCUGCGACGCGUGCCAGGGUCAGACUUUCAGCUACCACCCGCUGGUGGGCUGCGAGGGCUGUGAAUGCUCUGCGAGCGGCGUCGCGACCAACGCCGGGCUGGACUGUGACCUCGUCAGCGGACAGUGCAGUUGCAAGCCUCGGGUUGGUGGCCGGCGGUGUGACCGCUGUGCUGCAGGUUAUUAUGGCUUCCCUGACUGUGUACCUUGUAGCUGUGACCGGGGAGGCGUCACAAGUGACAUCUGUGACCCAGACACAGGGAGGUGUCUCUGCAAGAGGAAUGUGGCCGGCGUCAAGUGUGAUGCCUGUCGGGAAGGUUCCUUCUUUUUUGACCGCUCCAACCGCCAUGGCUGCACCAGGUGCUUCUGCUUCGGAGCGACUGACCAGUGUCAGAGCUCCAGCAAGCGCAGGGGGAAGUUGGUUGAGAUGAAGGUCUGGCGCUUGGAAAGACCCGAUCAGGAGGAGGUCCCCUCUGUGCUGAACACAGCCAGUGAUACAGUGGUGGCAGACGUCCAGGAGCUUCCUCCAACAGUUCAAACUCUGUACUGGGUCGCACCAUCACCGUACCUGGGGGACAGGGUUUCGUCUUACGGUGGAUUCCUCACGUACCAGUCCAAAUCCUUUGGGAUUCCAAGUGAGGGGAUGACCCUCAUGGACAGGAGACCCGAUGUCGUGCUAACUGGACAGGAUAUGACUCUGAUCCACUUGGCACCACAGGAACCACAUCCAGACAAGCUGUAUCAGGGCAGAGUCCAGCUCUUGGAGGGGAACUGGCGUCAUGCUGUCACCAACAGGCCGGUGUCCAGAGAGGAGCUGAUGAUGGUCCUAGCCGGUCUGGUUGGCUUGAGAAUCCGAGCCUUGUACUUUACUCAGAGCCAGCGACUCAGCUUGGGAGAGGUGGGCUUGGAGGGCGUUAGUAACACGGGGACCGGUGGUCCCGGAAACACUGUGGAAGAUUGUUCCUGUCCCCCUCAGAACACCGGAGACUCCUGUGAGAAAUGUUCUCCUGGUUACUACAGAGAUCGCAGUGGCCCUUUCCUGGGCCGCUGUGUGCCCUGUGAGUGCAACGGUCUGUCUGAUGAGUGCGAAGAAAGGACGGGGAGGUGCCUGGGCUGUCAGUACAACACGGCUGGGGACCGAUGUGAACGCUGCAAAGAAGGUUACUAUGGAAACGCGGCUCAGAGGACGUGCAGAGUUUGCCCGUGCCCGUUAAGAUCGCCUUCGAACAGUUUUGCAAUAGGUUGCAAAGAAGUAUUCGGAGACUUUGAGUGUGUUUGCAGAGCGGGCUACACCGGAGACAAGUGUGAGAGUUGUGCUCCUGGUUACUAUGGUGACCCGUCGACACAAGGAGGAAGUUGUCGGCCCUGUAGAUGCAAUGGAAAUGGAAACUACUGUGAUCACAGGACUGGAGCUUGCAAGAACCCACUGGAGCCGGAAGACACAAACACAGAUCAGCACUGCCAAGAGUGUGAUAAUUGUGCCCAGACGUUACUAUUGGAUCUGGAGAAGCUGGAUGGUGAGCUGCGCAGGAUCAAGACUCAACUGAACAACGCCAGUGUCAGUGCCACGUCUCAGGAGAGGCUGAAGAAGCUGGAACAGGCUGUGGCAGACACCAAGAUUCUUGUGAACAGAUUCAGCUCCGCCAUCAACACCCAGAAGUCCAGAGUCAACCAGCUGGAAGAUGACGUCAGCAAUCUCACCGAUGACAUCAGCACACUCAGAGACAAGGCAGACAAGAGUGCUGCUCACGCUGACAAGGCCGUGGCAGAUGUUGCAAACACCCACACGAGGGCUGAAGAUCUGGACUCAGAGAUUCAAAAAAUGCUCAAGAAAAUCCAAGCUCUGUUGGACCAACUGAAGGACGCAGGAACAGGUGGUGAUGUGAUGCCCAAUGAAAACCUGGCUAAAAUCCUAGAAGAAGCUCAGCGCCUGGUCAAGGAGAUGAAGGAGAGGAACUUCAUCCCUCAGAAGACAGCUGCUGAGAAAGAAAGAGACAAGGCUGAGAAACUGCUAGACUUCAUCAAGGCUAAUGUUAGUAAGCAGAGCGACCAGAACGAGGCCCAGGCCGAGAAUCUCAGGGGCCUUCUGAAGAAUUAUGAGGCAAAGUUGAAGGACCUGGACAAGGCUCUAAAGGAGGCAGUGGACCUGCUGAAAAAAGCCAACACCCAGAAUGGGCUUAGUGCUCAGGCACUGGAAGAUCUGAAGAAACGUAUUAAAGGCUUAAAAAUGGAGCAGGACACUGUUCAGGGCCAAAUUACCUUGGCAGAAAAGGAGCUGCAGAAAACCGAAGAUUUGGCCAACAUGCUCUCUGAGAGCAAAGCGGAAUAUGAACAGCUGGCAGCACAGAUGGAUGGUGCCAAGACUGACUUGACCGAGAAGGUGAAUGAGAUUACCGAGGCAGCUUCUAAGAAGGACCUCGUGGAGGCUGCAGAGGACCAUGCUAACAACCUUAGCAAGCUGGCCAAGGAACUUGAGAAGGCUGUUGCAAACGCAACUGGACAGACUGAGGUUCGGAACGCCAAAGACGCUAUUGAUGCCUACAGGAACAUCACAGAUGCGAUUAAUGCUGCUGAGGCCGCGGCUAACGAGGCCAAAGUUGCAGCAGACAGCACCCUGAAUGAUUUAAAAAAAAAGAAGCUCACAGUAAGAGCGGAAGACCUAAAAGAGACUAGCCAGGAUCUACUGAAGACUGCACAGGAAGCAGAGACAAACCUUCAAGGCACUGCAGACGACAUUACCGACCUGAAGAACCGCCUGAAGGACGCUGGCAAGAAGAAGACUGCUCUUCAGAAAGACCUGGCCGAUGCACAGAACCAAUUAAAUGGCAUCGAGAAAGAUGACAUCAGCGCUACCAUAGAUGAAGCCAAGAGGAAGGCAGCUUUAGCAAAUAACAGCGCUACCGUCACUAUGGACAGACUGAAUGCCAUCCGAGGGGAACUCGAGAAAAUCAAAGUCAAUCCUGUCGACUCCAACCUGAACAUUGCGCUGAACGAUGUGGACGAGACGGUGAAGAACUUGCUGAAAACCAUCCCGUCUUUGGAUGAUAAGCUUUCGGAAAUGGAGACCCUGACUUCGGAGUUCCCCCCUAUUAACAACAUAUCCGAGAACAUCCAGAAGAUCAAAGACCUCAUCGAGCAAGCCCGGGACGCCGCUAACAGGAUUGGGAUCCCCAUGAUGUUUAAGGGCGGAAGCCACGUGGAGCUGCGGGCACCAAAGAACCUGGAGGAUCUGAAGGCCUACACGUCCCUGACUCUGUCCCUGCAGAGGCCGCAGGGCAGAGGCGAUGGGAGACGCCGACGCAGACAGGCCGUCGACAGCGGAAACAUGUUUGUGUUGUACCUCGGCAAUAGAGACUCUUCGAAGAACUACAUUGGUAUGGUCCUGAGGAACGAGGUGCUGUACGGCGUGUACAAGCUCAACGGAGUGGAGUACCAGAUGGCAACGGGUGUCAUCACCAAGUCCGUACCGGUGCCGGCCAAGUUCGAUACCGUGGACCUACGCAGGAUUUACCAAGAUGCAAAGAUGACCCUCACCAAAUUUACCAACUCCAAAAUAGUUUUUGACCCAUUUAUCGCCGAAAGCAAAGGAGAGGAGGACAAGAACCUCCUGGACCUCAGUCCUAGUGAUAUUGUCUUCUAUGUCGGAGGCUACCCAGACGACUUCACUCCGCCAUCAUCUCUCAAAUACCCAAAGUACGAGGGCUGCAUUGAGUUCUCUUCCGUCAAUGACAAGGUCGUCAGUCUCUACAACUUCCGAAACGCAGUGAACAUUAAUCCGGAUCUUCCAUGCAAGAGAUACGUCCCUCCAAUGGAUUCUGACUUCUAUGAAGGCACUGGAUAUGGAAAGGUUUUAUUAGAGCCCAAAAAACCUGUCCUUUUAAUCAGCAUGUUUGUCUCUUCGCGUUCGACAAACGGUCUGCUUUCAUACAUCGAAAGUGAGGACAAAUACUUCACCGUGACGAUAGAGAAGGGCGUCAUUUUCCUUCGUGGCAAUUUUCCAGAAAGUCCAGCUACACUUAAUAUCAAAUCAUUCCCGACAAGUGACUAUGAACAAUUCAGCAUUGUCAUUUUACCCGAUGGGAGUAUGUCUGUGCGUAUUGGCACUACCGUGGUGGCCAGUGUCAAAGCUUCGUACAACUUUGAUGGAUUUAAGGAAUGCUACAUUGGUGGGGCCCCAAAAGACGUGAGGGAGAGGUAUAAUAUCACCAUGCAGCCAUUUAAAGGAUGUGUAAAGAAUUUGAAGCAGAAUAGCGCCGUUAAAUCUGUGUCCGAGGCAGUGGGCAUCAGCAAAGGUUGCCCCAAGGAUUCCUUGGUGGUUCGUAAAGCAGAUUUCAGUAUGGGGAGCACCCUGUCAGCCGACCUCACAGGCUUUAGUCUGGCCAAUGACGUUACUGUCUCCCUCGGGUUCAAGAGUACACAGAAUGAGGGCAUUAUUCUGCAGGACAAACAGCUGGCGAACGGGAUACAACUGACAUUGGAAAGUGGCUAUGUGAUUCUCACUUUCAACGACAAGAUCUGGAAGUCAAGCAAACAAUAUCAGGAUGGCAAAUGGCAUUAUUUGACUGCAACCAAAAGAAGUGGAAGGGUCAAUCUGCUUAUUGACGAUGAAGACGCGGGUCAGGCACAGAGUGGCAGCAGCUCCGUACCUGAGACGAGAGGCUCCUUGAUCCUGGGAAAAAACAACUUCAAAGGCUGCGUUUCCAACCUCUACACGAGACGGCCGGCCAAGCUUUUCGAGGCUGAGGACUUGAACGACUUUGUGGCGUCUGGAGACGUGCUGCUGGAUGUUUGUAGUGCUGACACUCUAGCGCAGCUGAUGCUGGACCGCUCCAUGAAGGAUGUUGUGAAGCAGGCCAUUAAUGAGACUAAAUCAGCAUGUGCGGUACCCGCUACCAUUCAAAAUGCUUAUCGCGUGGGCGGCCUUGUUAGCAGCCUGAGCUACAGCCUUCCACUGCAGGUCCUGCCGCUCAGGCCGCACUUUUCCCUGGAUGUCCGCACCCGAGCUUCCGAAGGCUUACUGUUCUUCGCUGCUACCAGAGGAGGGCGCUCUCACCUGGCUUUGUACAUAUCCAAGGGCAGGAUCAGACUGUCUGUGGCCAAGGACAAGGAGAUCUUCAACAGGGAGAAGUACAAUGAUGGAAAGUGGCACUCGGUCAUUUUCAAUUUGGAGAAGAAGAAAUUUCGAUUGGUUGUAGAUGGCAUCAGAGCCCAGGAUGGUCAGCUGACAAAUGCUGAGUUGACAUCCAUGCAGCACUUUGUGUCUCCUGUGUACCUGGGCAGUGCCCCAGAGUCUCUUCACAGAGAGCUAAAGUUGAAGGCCCUUCCGAAGCAAAGUGUGUCCGGCUGCAUCCGAAAUUUUAAAAAGAAUGGUGCACCAAUGUCGAAUCCAACCACAAACAAUGGUGCCGGCCCCUGCUUUGGGGGACAGACGCAAAGAGGGGCUUAUUUUGCAGGCAAUGGGUCACAUGUCCUCUUGAAUGACUCCUUCAUUCUGGGCUCCAGCUUUGAGCUGCUGGUUAACAUUCGUCCGCGCAGCCCCACUGGACUUCUGCUGCAUGUUGGGGAUCCCAUUUGGAACCAGCAUGGACCUGCAACGGGCCACUACCUCACUGUCUACAUGCUCAGAGGAGAGGUAGUGGCACAAGCAAACAACGGCAGAGGAGAAUUCAAGGUGUCGGUGAAGCCAAUCGCUUCUUUAUGUGAUGAAACGUUUCAUAGGAUUUCAGUAAUCAAGCGGAAAAACGUCGUGCAGCUGCACGUGGACACAAUGGACCAUUACAAGAUUGGACCACCUUCACCCGUUAUACCUUUGACCAAAGGCUCAUUGUAUGUGGGUGGCAUUCCUGAGAUGGCGACGCAGCAGAAGCUCCCCGUCCCGCCGCCCUUCGUGGGAUGCAUCCAGGACGCGAGGGUCAACGGGGACUCGGUCUCUUUCGAGCGGCCGCCCGGUGUGUUCGGCCCCGUCAACCUCAGAGAGUGUCCAGGCUGAGCGCCUCGCUGCACCAUCAGGAAACCGACCAUGGGACCACGUCCACCGCCAGCCAUGUGCCGUUUGUUCCCAAGACAGCGGAUGUGUUUGUGUGUAAGAAUGUGGAUUUUAUUAGGUGUGCAUUUCUGUGUGUGUGUGUGUGUGUGUGUGUUUGUAAAAUAGAUGUAUGAGCAGCAGCUUACAGGUUCAUAAUAUUUGCUGCUCGUUUUAAACAUUUCUAUAUUUAUUUUGUAUCAGAGUAAUGUAUCAGGGCACCACUUCACAUAUUCUAAGAGUUGAUGUGUUGGUCUAUUUAUUUUUUGACAAUAGUCCUUCUGAACGUGCUUGUCAUGUUUAGAGCUGCAGUGGCAUCAACCCAGUACUGUAGGGGAACAUAUUAUGUAUUUUUGAUGGUGCUUUAAUGUGGAGCGCCAUUUAUUACAACGUUUAUUCCACAAUAUUUACGUUUACAACCUAGAUGCUCAUUUCAGGGGCUGCCCAGCUGUUUCCUCCACAGGCCAGCAUAUAAGACGGCAUUUUGACCGUUAAUGACCGUCAUUGAGUCUUCACGCCGGACACAAAAUCGCAUGGUGUUCCUCAGACUGUAUUUCUGUUGUACUGAAUGAAUUUUCCAUGUUGCAUUCCUUCACCAUGCAUGAGGGUGUACUACUGUUAGCUCUGGUGGAGCGUUGUCUGGAGGUUGAACUCCGAUAUAGACGCCAUUAGCUUCUAACAAGUCUCACAAAUGAUAUUUAGGACCAUUUAGCCCAUGUUAACAACAAAAAUGUCCCCAGCAAAUGUUUGUUCACCUGCUUCUUACAUUUGUUAAAAACGUGUGACAAAGGAAAAAGAUGCAUGUUGAUUGGACAUGAACAUUUUUAUACACACCGCUGAUUUGUAAGGAAAUUUGCAGUUAAUGUUCUUCAUAAAAACCUCUCAGUGAUCAUCUUUGGUCUUUGGAUCAUACAUUUUUCAGACAUUUGGUAAUAAAUUGUAGAAAUUCAUUGUUAUAUUGCUAUACAAUAAGCCUGUUGCCUCAACUCCAAUCUCAUGGUGUCUCCUCCUCCACUGCUAAGGUGGGAGUGAGUAAGGCGCUAGGAGAGGAAUGCUUACAGGAAGCAAGGACCUAAAUACUGAGACAUGAUAUCUGAUCGCAAUACAAAAUUUCUCACAACGGACAUUCUGGUUUGUCCGGACAAGCACAGGG